CCUCACUGUGCAGUGACGACGAAGACAACAACAAAACACAGCUGCAAAGUAGGGUGUUAGCUUGCUAGCGUUACUUGAAAUUAACCUUAGCUCGAGUCACAUAACCCUGGGCGAGGAGAAGAGACCUGUAACAAGCGAAAUGAGAAUCGAUGAAAAUGUGUAGCUACAUAGCAAUAUGAAUCGAUUGUAAAAACUAAGAUUGAGUCAGCUACAUUAAAGACUAGCUAAUCAUCCCACAUAGCUAGCGUUCUAAAUCCAGCUAACGUUAGCUAGCUCUAUGUCAUUCAAGCUAAACCAGACUAGCCAGCUACCGGUAUCUCGCCAAGGCGGAGGAGAAGAUGGGAGUAAACAAAAAAGGUAAGAGUUUAUAUUAUUGCUAGACACAUGUCAGUCAUAUAACAUGUUUCUGUAAAUAGGACAGGGCACUUUACGGACCCAUUCACUGUCAUGGGUGUAAACCUCCAGAAAUAGAUUGCUAGUUAGUUAGCCAACGUUAGCUAAACUAGCUAACAGUAGGUAGUGGUUAGGCAACGUCAACUAACUAGCUAACGUUAGCUAGCGAAGUUGCUGAGAAACCCGUCAGAGGAAACAAAGGGAUUUAAGACAUCUAUUAGUUACUUCAUUAACCAUAUAGCUAUGUCGAUAUUAAUUUAAUUUACUGUGUCAUAUUACUUGGUACUUUUCUUUGCCUUCGUUAUUUUGUCCAACCUUGGCCUCAAGCUAGCUGGCUAGCUAGUACUGUAACGUUAAUGCCACAAUGGUCUAUUACGCAAGCAUAGCGAGCUAACGUUAAAACUUGCAAGACACCGCCGACGGUGUCAAGGCCUCGUAGUUGAUCGUCGGAGAGCGAUACGGUCAUGUUUCAAAUGUAGACAAACAAUUUAGCUAUUCCCGCUUGUGCGUGCCACAUUAGCUGGUUUGCUCAAUUACACGGCGUAUUCGCUAGCCCAGGGCGUAUUUCCAAUGUUUUUACAUGUCUUGUGUUUGGCCGAUCAAACCGCAAAUUAUCUAAUUUAGUUGGCAGCUAGCCAUAUUAAUUGUUGUUUCUAGACGAGUUUCAAUGUGAGACAGGCGUUCUCAGUCUUGUUUACAAUGCUAGUUCGCCUACGUUAGCUUUAGCUAGCUAGCUAUUUUUAUAGUCAACAUGACUCAGCCUGUAGCUACAGCCCUUGACUGCCUAGCUAGUGAGUGUGUCCAAAUGUAAAUUUCGCCUGAUAAUAAUUUUGCUGUACAACGAACGUUUGCCCAACUAGAAAGCAGCAGCAGUAUCUAUUCAUUUUGGAACUAGCCAGGUGAUGUCAAAUUGAAAGAAACAUUAUUUAGUUGAGUUCAAGCAUCUACUGAAUUAGUUGAGGUUAGAAUAAUUAGUUGAGGUUAGAAGCCCCACGUGUGGCUGCUUCUCAGUUCUCUUCUCAAUAAGGCCCGAGGGUGUGUUGUAUAUGGCCAAUAUACCAGGCUAAGGGCUGUUCUUAUGCAUGGCGGAGUUCCUGGACACAGCCCUUAGCCGUGGUAUAUUGGCCAUAUACGUAAUUAGAGCAGUAAAUAUAAAUGUUUUGUCAUACCCGUGGUGUAUGGUCUGAUAUACCACGGCUGUCAGCCAGUCAUUCAGGGCUCGAACCACCCAGUUUGUAAUGAUCUUUUUGGGAUUCGUUUUUUUACCGGUACAGGACCAGUGUCUCUCAAAGAAAAUUAGCUAGAGAUUAUGUGAUUUAUGUGUCAAUAAAUGUCUUUGGUAGACUUGAACGAAUUGUCAAACAUUCAAGGUAGCUUCCAUUAGCACGAAUAGUAAACAGUAUCGAAAAUCACAACCAAAAGUAAAUACCUAACUAUUGUAAAUACCUUUUUCAUCUUCACAGGGUGGUGUUGAAUGACUAAAUGAUCAAGAUAAAGGAGUGUGAAGAUCGCUGGAGGAUUCAACAUGAAGUUGUAUGUAUUCCAGGUCAACAAUGGAAGCACUCUGACAUUUGACACAGAGCUUGCUGUCCAAACGUAAGACCCAUUAAUUUAUUAUUUCAGAUUAUCCUUAUCCAUUUUCUACUAGUCUCAAAGGAAAAUUGAAUUCAUGCUGAAAUCAAAAAGUAAUCUGAACCUGUCUUCUUGCAGAGUGUUGGACCUCAAACAUGCCAUCCAGGUCAAAUACAAGAUUGCAACCCAGCAUCAAGUCCUGGUUGUCAAUGGAGGGGAGUGUAUGGUUGCAGAGAGGCGAGUCUGCAGCUACAGUGCUGGCACGGUAAAUUUGCAUCAUUUGGAAUGAUUGUUUGUUUUUGGUGAUGAUUGUGUUGCAUAAAGGAGCUGGUUUUGACUUGAUUGAUUACAGUUUUCUGUGCAAGGUGUUGAAAAAAAAGAGGACAUCAUUAUUCCAGAUGUGUUCUGUUCAAGAGUCUUGACAUAUUGUGUUUUUGUUUCCCAGGACACCAACCCCAUAUUCCUGUUCAACAAAGAGAUGAUUUUGUGUGACCGGGCUCCGACUAUCCCCAAAACCACCUUCUCUAUUGAGAAUGAGAUGGAGCUCAAGGUGGAGGAGUCACUAAUGAUGCCAGCAGUUUUUCACACCGUUGCCUCACGAACACAACUUGCUGUGGUAAAUGUUUUGUUGGUCUAGUUACUACUUUCUCAAAAUAAGCCAUCACUGUUGCUGUACCUUGUUUUACAACAUUAAAAUAGGAUAUGAAAAUGUAAUGUUCUCAAUAUUCAAAUAAGGGUAGCUAAUCAAAUGUAGGAUUGUUUUGGCAUUUUUAGUGUGAUCAAACUUCUGAAUACCAUUCUUAUGCUUCUCUAGGAAAUGUUUGAAGUCGCCAAGAAACUUUGCUCUUUCUGCGAACGCCUGGUUCACGAUGAACACCUCCAACACCAAGGCUGGGCUGCCAUCAUGGCAAACCUGGAUGACUGCACCCUUUCCUAUCAGAAGCUACUGUGGAAAUUUGACACGGCAUACAUUAAUUAUCAACAAGACUUUGAGGAUAUCAAAUUGAAACUGACAAAGUAAGUGACUCCCUGCGUAAAUAUUAAGUUUGAUGCAAUUGGAAAGGGGGGGGGGGGGGUGAAUAAUGCAAUUUGGAUGUGUUGGCCUGCUGUGACAGUUCAGUCAAUAGGUUCAAUUUCAAUUAAUUAUUCAGGUUAAAUGAAUGUAUCUCACAGAUAAAGUGCUGUAUCAGGUUAGAUCUCUGUGUGUGGCAUACCACAUCAGCUAAUUACGUUAAUCAUAUUUUUACAUUUUAGUCAUUUAGCAGAUGCUCUUAUCCAGAGUGACUGACAGUAGUGAGUGCAUACAUUUUCUUUCUUUCAUACUGGUCCCCUGUGGGAAUCGAACCCACAACCCUGGUGUUUUUUCAUCUCUCUCUCUCUCCAACCCCCCCCACCUCCCCCGCCCGCCACACUUGCAUUAAUUAAUCUGUAUCCAAAGAAUCUGUGCCGCAUGUGACCUGUAUCCAAAGAUGUAAAUGUAAAUUCUAUGGGUGUGAACUGAGAUUUAACAUGUCCUUUUCUAGACUGGGGACAGCAGUCUCAGUCAUGGCCAAGAUCCCCCUGCUGGAGUGUCUGACCCGCCACAGCUACAGAGAAUGCCUAGAGAAGUCCUGCUCCACUCCAGACAAGGACUCAGAUGAGACAGAAGAGGAGAAGUCCACUGACUCUGUGCUCUGCCCCACCCCCACCGAAACACAAAGGAACUCCACCAAGCUACUUAUGUCAAUCUCUGCUCCGGGGGCGGUGGGCUCACCCGACACCGCCGAAGCCCAGGAAAGCAGUGAGAUGACUGACAGUAGUGGGCUGAGGGCAGCCCUGCAGGAGGCAGACUCUCCAGAGAGGGCCAACCCCCCGUCCUUCAACGUCACACUGCUGGACUGGAUCAAUGUUCAAGACCGGCCCAAUGACGUGGAAUCAGUUGUGAGGAAAUGCUUUGACUCCAUCAAUAGGGUGAGUCACUGUUGUUUGUGUCUGUAUGUUCUCUUUAUUGUGUCUGUAUUUCUGUAUGUGUGGCUGAAUAGGCCUCUCUCAGUGGCCUUGCCAUGACUCCACAGUGCAAUUCUGUAUCAACAUGAGUCUAAAUUCAGUUAUGCAAGUUUAUUUAGUUAAAAGCACGUUUUGGUUGUAAAGUGUGAAGAAACAGGCAGAAUGGAGCCACAUCGUCCUUUCUAUUUCAGCUCGACCCACGGAUCAUUCAACCAUUCUUGGCGGAAUGUCGAGACACGAUAGCCAAACUGGAUAAUCAGAACAUGAAAGCCAUCAAAGGGCUUGAGGACAGGUUAUACGCUCUAGACCAAAUGAUAGCGAGCUGUAACAAGUUGGUCAAUGAACAGAAGGAACUUGCUCAGGUAAGCAAAAUAAAUCUUAUCUAAAUUAUGUAAUUGUGCCAAAUGCCAAUAGUGAAUAAAACACUGUAUAGAAAUUAGCCUAUUCAUUCAAAUGACUACUAGAUAACAUGAUGUACUGUAUACUGCAAUCAAGCUUUUAGUUGAAAAUGUGUGCAUGAAAUAAACCAAACUAAACUCACCUAUCAAUCAAUCUAUUGGCUUUUAGGGAUUUCUGGCCAAUCAGAAUCGUGCUGAGAACCUGAAGGAUACAUCCGUGCUGCCUGACCUGUGUCUUAGUCACGCCAACCAGCUGAUGAUCAUGCUGACCAACCACAGGAAGCUGCUGGACAUCAAACAGAAGUGCACCACUGCCAAACAGGAACUGGCGAACAACCUACAAGUUCGACUCAAGUAAGACAUCUGUUAAUCUGUCUAAUUUUUAAUAAGAUGUUCUCCGUGGCUCUCGGUGCAUCUUCAUCCCAGAAGACAAUAACAUACAGCUGAAAAUCCCUUGAGCAAUGAAAUGAACCAAAUUGCUCUACUGAAUCCAGACUUCUAACUGGUCAAAUACAGCCAUUGAAAGCACAAAACUAACUAAGCUAACACUGUAGAAAUAAUGCUAACUUAGCCAAGCUAACGCAUCCUGACCACUGUGACUGUAGAUGGUGCUGCUAUGUGAUGCUGCACGCGGAUCAGGACGGGGAGAAGCUGCAGGCCUUGCUGAGGCUGCUGACAGAGCUGAUGGAGAGGGUCCGGGUGGUGGACGCCCUCAGCAGCGUGCCUCAGAUGUACUGCCUGGCUGUGGUGGAGGUGGUCCGCAGGAAGAUCUUCAUAGGCCACUACAGAGAGGUCAGAAAACAGGACCAUCAUGUGACCCCUUCUCAAAACCCAAUCCCAACACACGUCUCCCCUUGUUCCAACUUGCAGACCUAACACAAGCCUCAACCUCCAGCCAGGCCUUAAGAUAUGCAAUGAAACUCAAAUUGGAGGGAAAAUAGUGUAAAUUCUGCUCUUCUAUUCUUAUCUCUCUUCUCAGUGGGCCUGUGCUCUCGUGAAGGAUGGAAAGCAUCUCUAUGAGACUGAGAAGUAUAAAAGGGAAACGUUUGGCAAGUUGUUCAGUAAGUUCCUUUAUUAAAAAAAAGAAAAUCCUAUUUGAUGAUAUUUAACAAGUGUCCCUUCUGAAAUUAACAUACAUUAAUUCCUACUUACAGCUGAGCUGACAUAAAGCUCUGUGAUCCUCUUUGCAGGGAAAUCUUUUCUCAGAAAUCGCUUGUUUAGAGGACUUGACUCAUGGCCCCCCACUUCAUUUUGCGUAAGUAGUCAGUCAGUUGUGGUGUUUUUUAAACAUCUAUUUCAUUUCCAAAAUAUUGUAAUCCAACCCAUUUCUCUCGUUUUUGUUGUUUAUCCCUCUUUUAUCGUGUAGACGCGAAAGCCCAGAAAGUUUGACUUUGAGCUUCCAGAUAUUUCCCUUGGUGACCUGCAGUACUUAAAGACCUGUUGUCCUCCAGAGGUGCAGCCUUUCCUCAGGUAGGCCGUGGUUUCCCUCUCCUGCAAAGUGAAGCAAUAACCAUGCAUGUCUUGUAACAGGCCUACUUAGUACCUGUCUGCUUUAUGUUUUAGUUAACUUGUGAACACUUGGCUGUAUUAUCUGUUGCAAUAUGCAGUGCAAUAACCCUGUUACUUUUCCCCAGGCUUCCAACACUGCGUGACUUUGAGCCUUUGCACCAGCACGUCGAGAUGCUUCAACAAUUGGUGCUAGCUGCUCAAGCUGCCAGUGUGGACGAGAUGUCUCAAACUAUCACUGACUUACUGAGCGAACAAAGGGUAAUCACAAUCUACAAUGGAAUAUGCACUGGCAAUAAUCCAAAAGCACAGAGAUCACUGUCCCUUUAUUGCAUAUUCUUCUCUCACUCCCCUUCUCAUUUCUGUUCCUCCAGGUGUCAUGCAGCCAGAGUGCUCAGAGAUCCACGACAGCGGUGACCCCGUUGACCCCGCGGUCCGACAGCACCCCGGGGACCACCUUUACCUCCUCCAAGACCCCCUCCACUCUCAGUCUCCCGGGCCCACUCUGCCAGCCCCUUCCUGGCCCCACCACCCUGGAGGACCUGUCCCCAGACAGCAUCGACGCCCAAACCUUCGACUUUGAGACCAUUAGCCACCCCAACAUGGACCCCGUCCUGCAGCAGGCCGGCUCCCUGGACCUGGACUCUCUGGCUGAGAGCCCCGAGUCAGACUUCAUGUCGGCGGUCAACGAGUUUGUGAUCGAAAACUCGCCCACCCCCAUCAGUGACCCCACCAGCCCAGAGAUGAUGGUGGAGUCGCUGUACUCUUCGGUCAUCAAUGCCAUCGACAGCAAGCGCAUGCAUGACACCACCACCUUAGAGAGGGAGAACUCCAAGAUGGCCGCGCUAAAGCUGAGCAUUGAGAAGUACCGCACUGCCGCCGAGGAGUCCCAGACCAACCUGCGGAGCGUCAAGGAUGACCUGUACCGCUACAGAGACCUGGUGUUAAAGGAGCAGCGAGACUUUGGCUUCGCCUUGAAGACCAUGACCAUUGAGGUGCGCAACAUGGUGGACACCAUCUGUAAGAAAGAGGAGGAGGAGCUGAGGGAGCAGCACCAGGCCGAGCUCCACUCCCUGCAGCAGGACCACGAGAAGCAGCUUCAGGCCCUGACAGAAGAGAACCAGGUCAACCAGAACAUUGUGAAAGAUGUGCAGCGGGCCAUGCUGGACCUGGAGGGGCUGCUGGAGCACAAAGAGAAGGCGCUUACCCAGCUGGAGGUCGAGAGGGAGCACUGGGCCGAGGCAGAGAACGGACACACUCAAAGGGCCAGGGACCUGGAGCAGAAGGUCAGCAAUCAGGCCCAAGAAGUGCAGACCCUGGCUGCCUCCAGAGACUCCCUGGCCAGCCAGCUGGAGAUGCUGCACGUUGAGAUCGAGCGCAGCCAGCAGAAAAUCCGCCAGGAGCUGGAGGGGGCCGAGCAGUCCCACCUGCAGGAGCUGGAGGAGAGGAUGAGGCAGCAGCACCAGGCCCAGUUAGACACCCUGGCCCGGGAGAACCAGGAGGCCCAGGAGCAUCUGGCCACAGAGAACAGGGCCAAGCUGAGCGAUGUCACUGACCUGCACGUCGCCACCCUGACAGAGAGGGACGGCCAGCUGAGGGACCUGGAGGCCCGGGUCGUCGAGCUGGCUGACCUGCGCUGCAAGCUGGAGGUGGAGCUGGCCCUGAAAGAGUCUGAGACGGAAGAGGUGAGGCUGCUGUACGAGGAGGCCAAGCAGGGGCAGCAGGAGGCUAAUGUGGGGAAGGCCACAGUGGAGGCAGAGACCCAGUCCCUCAGCAAACAGCUAGCCCAGGUUAACAGGCAGCUGCAGGCCAAGAACGAGGAGUACGAGACAGGCCUGGCUGAGCUGAGGAGGCUGAUGCGGCUGGAGAAGGACCAGUGUAUCUCUGAGUUGGUGGACAGGCACGAGGAGGAGAGGAACCAGCUCCGCUGCGAGCUCACCACCCUGCAGCAGCAGACCCAGGACACUGAGAGGAGCCGCGUGGAGCAGCUGCAGAACCUCCAGCGAGACCUCGACCUGGCGCUGUGUGAAGAUAAGGAGAAGCAGCGGAGGAGUUCUGAGGAGCAGGAGCAACACUUAAGGACAGUUAUCUGCGAUUUGCAGGUGGAGAACGACCUGCUCGCCAAAGGAUUAGAGCAGGACACACAACAUUUGGAGGAAGAGAAGACCUUGAAGGCUGCUGUACCAGAUGACUUUAAAGACUUAAAGCAACAAAAGGUGGAGAUGGAGAAAAGACUGUUAGACAAAAUUAGACAACUUGAAAAUGACCUUCAGGAAAGACAAUCCUCUGAAAGGUAUGAGCUGAUGAAUGCCCCACUGCUCUCUACUUGCAUUAAACAGAACUGUGAUUUGCAAUAAACAUUUCAUUAGCCUUGUAAUGAACAAGAUUACUAUUCAUACAGACCAUUAUUAGCUGCGACAUUAGUGUCUCCAUGUGAUAUAUUGUAUCUAAUACAGCAAACAUUUUAGUUAAUCACUCCCAGACUUCAGUGAGCUGUAGUAUACCCUGAAAAUAGCAGUUUUGUUAUGUGGCAUAGUUGCAUUUAGGGUUGGGUUACCGCUAAGUGCAAUGUUUACAUCAUGAAAAAAGGGCCUGCGGGAAAGCUAGGGGAAACCACAGCUUGUACCGUAUGCUUGACAUAUACCUGUUGCCUAAGGGUCUCUGUCUGCCUGUGUCUCUGUCUGCCUGUGUCUCUGUCUGCCUGUGUCUCUGUCUGUACCUGGGCUGUUUGUGUGUCUGUCUGUGUCUCUGGGUCUGUAUUUUACUUAUGUUUCUGUCUGUGUGUGUCCCUCAGAGAGGCAGGGUUGUCGGAGGUGCAGACAGAGGGUCGGGGGUCUGAUGCUGGGGCUCCUCUCUCCCUGGACUCUGCCUUGCAGGAGUGUCUGCAGCAGGAGACGUCGUCACUGCACACCCAGCUGGAGCUGCUGGAGAGGAGGAAGAACGAGGAGAUGCAGAACCUCAAGACCUCGCUCAUCGCAGAACAACAGGUCAGUGUUAGGCUAGUCCUCCCCAGAUCUUCAGAGGGUUCCUCUGUCAAUAUUGACCAGCACCAAAUCUACAGUGCCUUGCAAAAAUAUUCAUCCCCCUGGCGUUUUUCCUAUUUUGUUGCAUUGCAACCUGUAAUUUAAAUGGAUUUUUAUUUGCAUUUCAUGUAAUGGACAUACACAAAAUAGUCAAAAUUGGUGAAGUGGAAUGAAAAAAAUAACUUGUUUCAAAAUAUUCUACAAAAUAAAUAACGGAAAAGUGGUGCGUGCAUACGUAUUCACCCUUUUCUAUGAAGCCCCUAAAUAAGAUCUGGUGCAACCAAUUACCUUCAGAAGUCACAUAAAUAGUUAGAUUGCACACAGGUGGACUUUAUUUAAGUGUCACAUGAUCUGUCACAUGAUCUCAGCAUAUAUACACCUGUUCUGAAAGGCCCCAGAGUCUGCAACACCACGCUAUGUCUGGCGCAAACCCAACACCUCUCAUCACCCCGAGAACACCAUCCCCACAGUGAAGCAUGGUGGUGGCAGCAUCAUGCUGUGGGGAUGUUUUUCAUUGGCAGGGACUGGGAAACUGGUCAGAAUUGAAGGAAUGAUGGAUGGCGCUAAAUACAGGGAAAUUAUUUAAGGAAACCUGUUUGUCUUCCAGAGAUUUGAGACUGGGACGGAGGUUCACCUUCCAGCAGGACAAUUAUCCUAAGCAUACUGCUAAAGCAACACUCGAGUGGUUUAAGGGGAAACCUCUAAAUGUGUUGGAAUGGCCUAGUCAAAGCCCAGACCUCAAUCAAAUCGAGAAUCUGUGGUAUGACUUAAAGAUUGCUGUACACCAGCGGAACCCAUCCAACUUGAAGGAGCUGGAGCAGUUUUGCCUUGAAGAAUGGGCAAAAAUCCCAGUGGCUAGAUGUGCCAACCUUAUAGAGACAUACCCCCAAGAGACUUGCAGCUGUAAUUGCUGCAAAAGGUGGUUCUACAAAGUAUUGACUUUGGGGGGGAUGAAUAGUUAUGCAAGCUCAAGUUUUCAGUUUUUUUGUCUUAUUUCUUGUUUGUUUCACAAUAAAAAUAUAUUUUGCAUCUUCAAAGUGGUAGGCAUGUUGUGUAAAUCAAAUGAUACAAACCCCCAAAAAUCCAUUUUAAUUCCAUGUUGUAAGGAAACAAAAUAGGAAUAAUGCCAAGGGGGGUGAUUACUUUCGCAAGCCACUGUACAUACACUACAAUUUAAAUCCUAUAGUCUGUAGUUUGUCUGCCUAAAAUGUUUAGCUUUUAACUAAUUGUUUAGCUAAAUGUUUCAAUUUUUAGCAUUUGUCUCCAAUUACCUUCUAAGUAGGUCUAAUUGUGAUCCACUGGCAACUGCAAACAAACUGACCACUGGUGACCAACAUCUAAAUCUCUACAGAUACUCCAUUACAUCACUACUACUAAGUCUUAGUCACCCCUUAAUGAAAGCAAAUCUGUGGGGCAGUAUGUGUGUAUUAUAAUUAUAGCACACAGUGUUCUCAUGUCCUCUUGCUUGCAGUCCAAAUGGGAAUAUGAUACUGGUCUGUGUGACCCUCUUGGUAGAACGUGGUUAGGCCUAAACCAAGUUGUUGGGAGUAAAAAGCGGUUAGAACAAGUUAGAAACAUCAGUUAGAACACAUUCUGCCUCACAAAUAUACAGUGGGGAGAACAAGUAUUUGAUACACUGCCGAUUUUGCAGGUUUUCCUACUUACAAAGCAUGUAGAGGUCUGUAAUUUUUAUCAUAGGCACACUUCAACUGUGAGAGACAGAAUCUAAAACAAAAAUCCAGAAAAUCACAUUGUAUGAUUUGUAAGUAAUUAAUUUGCAUUUUAUUGCAUGACAUAAGUAUUUGAUCACCUACCAACCAGUAAGAAUUCCGGCUCUCACAGACCUGUUAGUUUUUCUUUAAGAAGACCUCCUGUUCUCCACUCAUUACCUGUAUUAACUGCACCUGCUUGAACUCGUUACCUGUAUUAAAGACACCUGUCCACACACUCAAUCAAACAGACUCCAACCUCUCCACAAUGGCCAAGACCAGAGAGCUGUGUAAGGACUUCAGGGAUACAAUUGUAGACCUGCACAAGGCUGGGAUGGGCUACAGGACAAUAGGCAAGCAGCUUGGUGAGAAGGCAACAACUGUUGGCGCAAUUAUUAGAAAAUGGAAGAAGUUCAAGAUGACGGUCAAUCACCCUCGGUCUGGGGCUCCUUGCAAGAUCUCACCUCGUGGGGCAUCAAUGAUCAUGAGGAAGGUGAGGGAUCAGCCCAGAACUACACGGCAGGACCUGGUCAAUGACCUGAAGAGAGCUGGGACCACGGUCUUAAAGAAAACCAUUAGUAACACACUAUGCGGUCAUGGAUUAAAAUCCUGCAGCGCACGCAAGGUCCCCCUGCUCAAGCCAGCGCAUGUCCAGGCCCGUCUGAAGUUUGCCAAUGACCAUCUGGAUGAUCCAGAGGAGGAAUGGGAGAAGGUCAUGUGGUCUGAUGAGACGAAAAUAGAGCUUUUUGGUCUAAACUCCACUCGCCGUGUUUGGAGGAAGAAGGAUGAGUACAACCCCAAGAACACCAUCCCAACCGUGAAGCAUGGAGGUGGAAACAUCAUUCUUUGGGGAUGCUUUUCUGCAAAGGGGACAGGACGACUGCACCGUAUUGAGGGGAGGAUGGAUGGGGCCAUGUAUCGCGAGAUCUUGGCCAACAACCUCCUUCCCUCAGUAAGAGCAUUGAAGAUGGGUUGUGGCUGGGUCUUCCAGCAUGACAACGACCCGAAACACACAGCCAGGGCAACUAAGGAGUGGCUCCGUAAGAAGCAUCUCAAGGUCCUGGAGUGGCCUAGCCAGUCUCCAGACCUGAACCCAAUAGAAAAUCUUUGGAGGGAGCUGAAAGUCCGUAUUGCCCAGCGACAGCCCCGAAACCUGAAGGAUCUGGAGAAGGUCUGUAUGGAGGAGUGGGCCAAAAUCCCUGCUGCAGUGUGUGCAAACCUGGUCAAGACCUAUAGGAAAAGUAUGAUCUCUGUAAUUGCAAACACAGGUUUCUGUACCAAAUAUUAAGCUUUUCUGAUGUGUCAAAUACUUAUGUCAUGCAAUAAAAUGCAAAUUAAUUACUUAAAAAUCAUACAAUGUAAUUUUCUGGAUUUUUGUUGUAGAUUCCGUCUCUCACAGUUGAAGUGUACCUAUGAUAAAAAUUACAGACCUCUACAUGCUUUGUAAGUAGGAAAACCUGCAAAAUCGGCAGUGUAUCAAAUACUUGUUCUCCCCACUGUAUAUAUUUUUACUAUUUCAAUGAAUUAUUAUUAUUAUCAUAGGUUUUGCUGCCAAGCCUAAGAUCCUCCUAGCAUAAGAUCUUAUGGUAAAGCGAGCAUGCUUGAUUGUGGUCUGUUGUUCUGAGCCGUGACUCAACCCUCAAUUGACUCACUGAGCCUCACCUGUCUGGUAGUUCUUUGUCCUCUGUGACUGCCUCACUGUGUGUUAACUUACUGCUGCUGCAUUGUCUGGGAGGUGUCUGAAAGCCUUAAUUUCCCCCUCCUCCCUCCCCAGACUAACUUCAACACUGUGCUGACGAGAGAGAAGCUGAAAAAGGAACAGAUCAUCAGUGAUCUGACAGAGAAGCUGCGGAAGGUUACCCAGCAACAGGAGAAGGACAAAGGUACAGGACAGACAGACACGUACAGCUAGGACACUGAGAGAACAGAAUGAUUUCUGCCUUCUGAAAACGUAAUGGGCUGGAAAUACUGAAACUAGAUUGCAUUUUCUAUGCUGUUAUUGGUUUCAGUGGUUCGUUCAGCCCUUGAAUAUGUUGGUUGAUUGUACUGAAUGUCAGUCUUGCUGCAGUCCAUUCAUCCUGAUAUGUUCACUGUGUGUCUCCAGGUCUAAUAGAGACGCUGUCUGAAGACCGGGCCAUCGUCAUGCAGGAGAAGAAGCAGUUGGAGGAGGACCUGAACCGGCUGCGCAGCACUGCCCUGGUGUCCUCGGCCUACUACAGCCCUAACCCCUUAACCCUGGAGCCCACUGGAGCCAGGCCUGGACCUGGGCUUUGUCCUGGUCCUGGGACUGAAAUUGAGGUUGGGACUGGAGCCUGCUACUCGGAGCCCUUCCUUGACCCAGACAGACUGGCCUCUGUGGCCACCAUCAGAGAGGAUGACAGGGUGGACUCAGCUGUGGAGGCCAGUAUGGUGACAGUGCAGUAAGCAUCUCCCAAACAUUCCAAACAUAAACAUUCCAAUAAACAGUGACUCAUAAUAACCCCCUAACAUCGUAAUGAAUCUGUCAUUUUAUAGAAAUAAGUUAAGCUUUGACAGAUCUACUUGACAAAAUAUUUGUCUAAUGGUACUUGUUUAAACUUGUUAAAUGAUACAGUGGGGAGAACAAGUAUUUGAUACACUGCCGAUUUUGCAGGUUUUCCUACUUACAAAGCAUGUAGAGGUCUGUAAUUUCUAUCAUAGGUACACUUCAACUGUGAGAGACAGAAUCUAAAACAAAAAUCCAGAAAAUCACAUUGUAUGAUUUUUAAGUAAUUAAUUUGCAUUUUAUUGCAUGACAUAAGUAUUUGAUCACCUACCAACCAGUAAGAAUUCCGGCUCUCACAGACCUGUUAGUUUUUCUUUAAGAAGACCUCCUGUUCUCCACUCAUUACCUGUAUUAACUGCACCUGCUUGAACUCGUUACCUGUAUUAAAGACACCUGUCCACACACUCAAUCAAACAGACUCCAACCUCUCCACAAUGGCCAAGACCAGAGAGCUGUGUAAGGACAUCAGGGAUAAAAUUGUAGACCUGCACAAGGCUGGGAUGGGCUACAGGACAAUAGGCAAGCAACUUGGUGAGACGGCAACAACUGUUGGCGCAAUUAUUAGAAAAUUGAAGAAGUUCAAGAUGACGGUCAAUCACCCUCAGUCUGGGGCUCCUUGCAAGAUCUCACCUCGUGGGGCAUCAAUGAUCAUGAGGAAGGUGAGGGAUCAGCCCAGAACUACAUGGCAGGACCUGGUCAAUGACCUGAAGAAAGCUGGGACCACGGUCUCAAAGAAAACCAUUAGUAACACAUUACGCCGUCAUGGAUUAAAAUCCUGCAGUGCACGCAAGGUCCCCCUGCUCAAGCCAGCGCAUGUCCAGGCCCGUCUGAAGUUUGCCAAUGAUCAUCUGGAUGAUCCAGAGGAGGAAUGGGAGAAGGUCAUGUGGUCUGAUGAGACAAAAAUAUAGCUUUUUGGUCUAAACUCCACUCGCCGUGUUUGGAGGAAGAAGAAGGAUGAGUACAACCCCAAGAGCACCAUCCCAACCGUGAAGUAUGGAGGUGGAAACAUCAUUCUUUGGGGAUGCUUUUCUGUAAAGGCGACAGGACGACUGCACCGUAUUGAGGGGAGGAUGGAUGGGGCCAUGUAUCGCGAGAUCUUGGCCAACAACCUCCUUCCCUCAGUAAGCGCAUUGAAGAUGGGUCGUGGCUGGGUCUUCCAGCAUGACGACCCGAAACACACAGCCAGGGCAACUAAGGAGUGGCUCCGUAAGAAGCAUCUCAAGGUCCUGGAGUGGCCUAGCCAGUCUCCAGACCUGAACCCAAUAGAACAUCUUUGGAGGGAGCUGAAAGUCCGUAUUGCCCAGCGACAGCCCCGAAACCUGAAGGAUCUGGAGAAGGUCUGUAUGGAGGAGUGGGCCAAAAUCCCUGCUGCAGUGUGUGCAAACCUGGUCAAGAACUACAGGAAAAGUAUGAUCUCUGUAAUUGCAAACAAAGGUUUCUGUACCAAAUAUUAAGUUCUGCUUUUCUGAUGUAUCAAAUACUUAUGUCAUGCAAUAAAAUGCAAUUUAAUUACUUAAAAAUCAUAUAAAUGUGAUUUUCUGGAUUUUUGUUUUAGAUUCCGUCUCUCACAGUUGAAGUGUACCUAUGAUAAAAAUUACAGACCUCUACAUGCUUUGUAAGUAGGGAAACCUGCAAAAUCGGCAGUGUAUCAAAUACUUGUUCUCCCCACUGUAUAGAGCGUGGAGACUUAUUGGUUGAACUGUGGACAGUGAGGCCUUCGAAAUGCAUUAGACCAAUUUAUGAAUAGAAGUUGUAGGCUGUCAAAGAAUAAUGUUGAAGAUAGUAGUAGCAUGUCAGUUUUAAUGUGUAAAAGAUUAAGAAGGAUGUUGAAAAUGCUUGUUUGAGAUAGCCAGACAAGGAUGGACAAAGUGAGGACAAAUAACAGACAGAGAGCAAGGGAGGCUAGGAUCGGAAAAUGUAAGUUAUUUCUUUAUUUUUACUGUUAACUACGGUCAGGUAGGCUAGCAAUCGUUAUUAUUACCCCAGAGAAGGUCACUCUAAAUUCAUAUUUAUGCUUGUUGAAUUUUCAUAUUUCAGAGUAAGAAUUUGUUUGAAUGAUUCUCAAAUGUGUUAAAAGCUGUCGCUACAGUGAUCUGAUUAUUGGUCCAUUGUUUCUUUAUCAGCGAUAACAUCCUGAUGAUGUCUGAGGAGAAACAGCGGAUACUGUUACUUGAGAGGGUGAGUAGACACCUCUAUGACAUUAUCUUCUAAAUGGAACCCGAUGAAGUUGGGGUCCUUGAAUUAGGAAUUACAAUACUAAUAGGAUCUCUAUAUAUGGGUUGUUCUAGAAUUUGUCUUGAGUUCUUUGUCCUAACGUGUGCUGUCAUAUUUCAGACUUUACAUAUGAAGGAAGAAGAAAACAAGCGCCUCAGUCAAAGACUGGUAUGUUUUAUUAACUUUGAUAACUGAUUAGAGAAUGUGGAAAUGUUGCUAUUAAUAUAAUGUGAUUGUUUAACUAUUCUAGGGCAAGAAAACAACAAAAAAUGUCCAUUUCUUUUUAUUCAUUUUUUACAUGGUUUCCAUGUGUAUAGUUGUCCCCCACAAUGAAAUCGGGGAGGGGACUGUGGAUCUGUCUCCGUACGUUUGUACGUUAGUCACACGCGAUAUCUCAGACAGCACUGGCCCGAUUUUGACGAAACUUGGAUGAAUGAUGCGUCUUGCCAUAGAGAUCCUGAAUUUACAGAAUUACACUGAUAGGCCCAAAGGGGGUGCUAGAGUAAUCAACUGAAAUUCCAAACAUUGAACAUGCAUAUCUCCUGUACCGUUUGAGCUUGAAUUGUUGUCACUAAUUGGCGCUGCAUCAUUUGUGGGGGACAACAUGUUUACUAUUGCCUUGUAACUUAUGGAUAUACACUCAGUGGCUAGUUUAUUAGGUACACCUAUCUAGUACCGGGUCGGAUCCCCCUUUGCCUCCAGAACAGCCGGAAUUCUUCGGGGCAUGGAAAUGUUGCUCAAUUGUUAUCAAGGGACCUAACAUGUGCCAGGAAAACAUUCCCCACACCAUUACACCACUGACACCAGCCUGUAUUGUUGACACCAGGCUGGAUGGGGUCAUGGACUCAUGCUGCUUAUGCCAAAUCCUGACUGCUAUCAGCAUCACGCAACAGGAAUUGGGAUUCUGGGGACCAGGCAAUGUUUUUCCAUUCCUCAAUUGUCCAGUGUUGGUGAUCGUGUGCCCACUGGAUCUGCUUCUUCUUGUUUUUAGCUGAUAGGAGUGGAACCCAGUGUGGUUGUCUGCUGGAAUAGCCCGUCCGUGAAAAGGACAGACGAGUUGUGCGUUCCAAGAUGCUGUUCUGCACACCACUGUUGUACUGCGCCGUUAUUUGCCCGUUUUGUGGCCUGCCUGUUAGCUUGCACGAUUCUUGCCAUUCCCCUUUCAAACCUCAUCAACAAGCUGUUUUCCCUAGACACUGUUGUGUGUGAACUCAGGAGGCCGGCGAUUUCUGAGAUACUGGAACCGGCGCGCCUGCCACUCGAGCAGUAACUGAAUGCCUUGAUGCCUGUCUGCCUGUGUUAUAUAGCAAGCCACGGCCAUGUGACUCACUGUCUGGCCACGUGACUCACUGUCUGUAGGAGCUAACCAUUUUCUUGAAUGGGGUGGAGUACCUAAUAAACUGUAUUAGUGUAUAUCCCGUUAGAAUUCAUUUAGCUUUGACACAGGCAUUGUCAGUGUACCCAAGGCUAUUUUACCCCAGCACCACUAGAUGGCAAUAGCAUCAAAGCUUAUAUCCAGCAGACCUAGGAGAUUUCUGAGCCGUAACAGUAACUUCCUCGGUCAAAAGGAAAAUCAAUACAGUCAUUCAGGCAGUUAGACAUAUUGCAGCACUAUUGCACACAUACCUAAACAAUAGCAUAAAAAUAAAUGCCAAAAUGUAUAUGUUCCAGCAAAUACAUUUCACGCCACACAACAUACAGUGGUGGUAUUGUCAGCUGCCAUGCAAAGAUCAGUCAGAGCAGGAAUGCAUCCAUGACCAGCAGUGUCAAGAAGAUCAUACUCUCACUCAUAACACUAUUACCUUUCUCUCUUUGUAGAUGUCUCAAAGCAUGUCCUCGGUGUCGUCACGGCAUUCAGAGAAAAUCGCCAUCAGAGAGUAAGCGUAUAAGAUUGCCACAUAAAGUGCUGAUGUGUAGAUGCAGUGCUUGUACGGUUCCUCCUUUGUAAAAAAUUUAAUGAGUUUUCUCCAGCAAAUCUGUUUUUCAGCAGUAUGAACACCCAAGAUGAUUAUUUUUUACUGCAUUUUUAUCUCUUAAUAUCUGGUUAAUCCUUUUGUUGUAUAUAGUAUCUAGCACCAUUUUGUGUCAAGGUUGACCCCUGUGUCCAUUUCAGUUUCCAGGUUGGCGACUUGGUUCUGAUCAUCCUAGAUGAAAGGCAUGACAACUAUGUGCUGUUCACCGUGGGUCCCACCCUGUACUUCCUCCACUCUGAGUCCCUCACUGCACUGGACCUCAAACCAGGUUAGACAAUCACCAUAGCCUAAUACUUGUAGGCCUCAAUACUUUAAAAAAAACUAUAUGUAGCUAAGUUAUUAGAGAAUAUUUAGUUACUAAGUUAUAAAAUACAAAGUUAUGUACAAUUUCACUUUUGUUGCAUAAAUACAAAGUUGCAUACAAUUUAUAAUAUAUACAAUUAUACAAAGUUAUUGUAUGAUGAAGAUAUGUUUUGUAGAACAAGUUGUGCAAAAACAAGCAUUUAUCUCCUCUUUACAAACUCAAAAUAUUGGUGAAUUUAUUAACUCUGACAACUGAAUUGGAGUAACCUAUGUCAAAAUGUUUGUGUAUUGAUCGUAUUGGUUUUAUUGUGUCAAUCACUGACAGAUCCUAUGUUUACUUCAGCAUCAGGAGCCUCAAGACGGCCGUGGGUUCUUGGAAAAGUGAUGGAGAAGGAAUAUUGCCAGGCGAAAAAGGUAAUGUGAAGUAGUGUAUAUAGGUAAUGAAUUGUAAUAGUCCAGUAGUAUAGCACAUUAGCUUUUCUUAAUAUAGAUCGUCAUUAAAGGAGGUAAAAUUCUAAUAAAUUAAAAUAGAACAUUUAAUAAUCAACAAAAAUAAUCAACAAUCAAAGGGUGACUUUUUAAGAACAUGUAUGUUGUGACUGUUUCCCUUAGGCUCAAAACCGGUUCAAAGUUCCUUUGGGCACCAAGUUCUACAGGGUGAAAGCUGUUUCAUGGAACAAGAAAGUAUAGUAUAGCCAAGUUAUGAGCUAAAAUGUAUGUUUAUAUUGCGUAAAGUUUUAAAUAGACUCUCACAUCAUACAUAAUUCAUAAAUAAAUCUCUUAUCAACUUGAAAAUGAAAAGAAAGAUCAUAAUCAUGCUAUUAUUUGGGCAUUCAGUUCAACAUCCCAUCAACCCUCUCUUUCUUUUUAAUCCGGAAGAUUUGUUAUUGUGGACCAAACGCUAUUUCUUUAUUAGGGCAUGGCCCUAAACACUGGCAGAAAGCCAUUACUACCUGUGUGUAAAUUGAACAGAAAGUAUUUUGAUGUUUAUAUAUUUAGUUCUCAUUCAUUAUCAGCAUUUGUCCUCUUUGUGGAAAAUACUGUAUCAUUACCAACAACAUAAUUAAAAUGAAAAUAUACAUUUAUUAUAAAUGUUUAUGAAGGAAUGUUCAUGGCAUGCAUAUUGAUAUAUUUGAUUUGAUUUUACUUAUCCAGAUAAAUGUCGUAGUUGGAAAUGUAGUUAAUGCUGUUUGUUACUCACAACGCAGUAUGGCCCUGUGUUAAUACUGAUAUGUACAUUUUGGCCGACUGACGAAAGCGGUUGUCAUUGCAAUCCUUGAAAAUGCACUUUCAAAAUACAACGCUUUUUGUUGAUUCAAAAGGGAAGGAAUUGUGCUGUCAAAUAAAAUAAAUACGUAAAAAUUAACUAUAACAGCACAAAACUUCCCGCUAUCAUAGAAUAUUGAUAUGUAGAAAGGAAUACUUUGCUUGUGACCGUGUUUCAUUACUGGAUGACAUUGUACAUUACCCAUCAAUCGAAUCACACAAGUAACAAUAAAUGACUGUAUUGUAAAAUAAUUUAGAGUUUUGAAACAAUAAAGGAUUGAUCCCAAAUA